AUGUCAAAUCUACUACGUGAGUUCGAUCCAUUAAGUCAAGGCUCAUCUACUCUUAAGACGUCGAAAACAAAUGUCAUUAGUGAUGAUAAUGAUAGCAUAACAUCUGAACCCAAACAAACAAGUAAUAAGAAGGCUGAUGCUGAGAAUCAAGAAGAGUUGUUUUUUGAUUUCCAAACGUUUAUUGGCUACUUCAAGAAUCCUAAUGCAGAACCUUUAGUAAAGUAUACAAGAUCUUUCUUAAAUAAUUUUGUUACACAGAGAGCUUUAUGGACCGCUAGUGAACAAAGGAAAUUGAUAAAUGAUUUUAAACUGUUUAUCUUUGACAAAUUUUCUCAAUAUAAACCAUUUAGUGAAUUUGAUAAUGCGAAGUUAAGAAAUGCACAAGAAGGAAUUGAAAAAUUGAUUAUGGGUAAAUUAUAUCCAUUCUGUUUUUCUCCUGUGUUAAUACAAAAGAUUGGUAUUGAUAAAUUGGAUGAAGAACAUAAGAACGAUAUUCUGGAUGAUGACUCUCUUCAAAUGAAGAUAGAGGAGUAUAAGUUCAUUGAACUAGAUAACCUUGAUGUGACUAAUAAGAUCUCAUUAAAAUUGAAUAAAUUUUUGAAACUAGCUGGUAAAGAAUUAAAUAAGAUUAAUCAUUAUAAGGCACCUAGAGAUAAGAUGGUCUGUAUCUUAAAUACUUGCAAAAUUAUAUUUAGUAUUCUAAGACAUUUUAAACUUGAUCAAGAUGGUGCUGAUAGUUUUAUUCCAUUGUUAAUCUAUGUUAUUAUCCAUGGUAAUGUUUCACACUUAAUAUCUAACAUCAAAUUUAUUGAAAGGUUUAGAUUUGAAAAUUUCUUAAAGAGUGAAGAUCAAUAUUAUUUGAGUAGUCUGCAAGGCGCCACUAAUUUCAUUACAAAUCUUAGUAGAAAAGACUUAACGAUACAUGACGAAGAAAUUUUUGAAAAUGCAUAUAAAACAAAUCAACAGAGGUUACAGAAACAACGUGAAGAAAAUGAAAAUCAAUCCAAUUUAAAGGGCAAUACUACUGAUACGGACAAUAUUGGGAACAGCACUCAAGAAAUGAUUAUGAAUCCAGAUUAUAGUCAUAGUCCAAUCGAUGAAAUUGCAUCUUCGAUGGUUUCUAUGUUCAAUGAUUUCUUUAUUGGACAGCCUUCCUCAACUACUAAGUCUGAGCCACAAUCAAAAGAAAGUAUUCCAAAAAAUCCAAAAAAUAUCAGAACACAAAAUACUGGUAUCAGUGAAGAUAUGCUAGACGAUAAACAAAUGAGAAAAACAGUGAAGAGAAUGGAAGAGCAAGAACGCCAAGAAACUUUGGAAUCAUUAUAUGAGAUGUUCCCCGAUUUACCAAAGGAGUUAAUUGAAGACAUAUGCAUAGCCAAGAAAUAUAGAACUGGUAUAUGUGUCGAUACUUUAUUAAACUUGUAUGAGUAA